AUGGCGCCCUCCAAGCAGCCAAAUUUCCUCGUCAUCGUCGCCGACGACCUGGGUUUCUCCGACCUUGGUUGCUUUGGCGGCGAGAUCAACACUCCCAACAUUGACAAGCUAGCUCGCAAUGGCCUCCGAUUCACCGACUUCCACGCCGCCGCCGCCUGUUCUCCCUCGCGCGCCAUGAUCAUGACCGGCACCGACAACCACAUUGCCGGUCUGGGUAACCUGAUCGAAUGGACAAACAUCUCGGGCCAGAAUGACCCCUCAGGCAAGAUGUCUACCAAUGUCCAGAGGGGUAUGCCGGGAUAUGAAGGCUACCUCAAUGAGCGCGUCGUUGCUCUGCCCGAGGUGCUCCGCGAUGCCGGCUACAGCACACUCAUGGCGGGCAAGUGGCACCUGGGCCUGACGCCGGAGAGGAGCCCCAAGGUCCGCGGGUUCGAACGUAGCUUUGCCCAUCUCCCGGCCUGUAGUAACCACUACGCCUACGAGCCGCAGCUCGAGGCUGGCGAGCAGUCGCCCGAAUUCCUCACGAUGAGCGUCAUCGCGCUGCACAGCGAGGACGGCGAGUAUGUCCGCCAGCUCCCCGAGGGGUGGUACUCGUCCAACGGCUACGGUGACAAGAUGCUCCGAUACCUCAAGGACCGCAAGGAGGGGGGAGACGAGCGCCCGUUCUUCGGCUACCUGCCCUUCACGGCCCCCCAUUGGCCCCUCCAAGCACCCCAGGAACUCAUCCGCAGAUACCGCGGCGUCUACGACGACGGCCCCGACGCCCUCCGCCUCAAGCGACUUCAGCGCCUCAAGGACUUGGGCAUGGUGCCCCAGGACGUUGAACCCCACCCUGUCUCGGCCGAGGAGGUCAAGGAGUGGAGCGAGCUGAGCGACGGGGAGAAGCGCAACUCGGCCCGCGCCAUGGAGGUGUUUGCGGGCAUGGUCGAGUCCAUAGACAUCAACGUCGGCAAGGUAGUCGGCUACCUCGACGAUACGGGCGAGUUGGACAACACGCUCGUGUGCUUCCUGUCGGACAAUGGCGCCGAGGGUGCCGCCUACGAGACGUACCCCAUCGUGCAAGGAAACAUGAUGCAGCACCUCAGGAAGUACUACAACAACAACGUGGACAACCUCGGAAACGGAGACUCCUUCAUCUGGUACGGGCCGCGCUGGGCUCAGGCCGCCACAGCCCCGAGCCGGCUGUACAAGGCCUACACGACCGAGGGCGGGGUGCGGGUGCCGUUCCUCAUGAAGCCCCCCGUAGGCUUCUUGGACGACAGCAUCGAGCGCAGCAGCAUCACGCACCAGUUCUCCACCGUCAUGGACCUGGCCCCCACCAUCCUAGAGAUGGCUGGCGUCAAGCACCCCGCCCCGACGUACCAGGGCCGCGAGAUUGUCGGAAUGCGUGGCAAGUCCAUGGUACCCUACCUUCUCAACAAGGAAUCGCGCGUCCACGAAGAGGACUUCAUCAACGGCUGGGAGACGUGUGGCCGCGCCGCCGUCCGCAAGGGAGACUGGAAGAUCGUCUUCAUCCCCAAGCCCAAGGGUCCCGAGAAGUGGCAGCUGUACAACCUGGCCAAGGACCCAGGGGAGAUCCACGACCUGGCGGAGAAGGAGCCCGAGAGGCUGCAGGCGCUCAUCAAGCUGUGGGAUCAGUACGUUCUCGAGACUGGUGUCAUCCCCCUGAGCCCCGAACUUGGAAAUUGGAUGGCCGCAAUGGAGGAGCAGAUGCCCGAAAAUGCGUGGAUCGAAUACGAGUACUGGAAGGACGGUGCGCGUGAUGACCCCGAGAAGUUCACCAGGGACAUUCCGCGUUUCCAGCGCCGUGUACAGCCAAUAUAA